AUAAUAAUGAAACAAAACAAAAGCAGAUAGUUUCUAUUUUAAAAAUCCUGAUUACUUACACUUAUUAGUAUUAACAAAAUAUAUACAACUUUAUUCAAAUUCAUAAAUUAAAAGAUUUAUACAAAGACAAAAACACAGAGAAACUAUUUUUUUUUUGUUAUUUUUGUUGUUGUCAAGGGGAUUCAAUUAUCAAUCAAUUUUUUUUUUUAAAAAAGAGAACUUUAUUACGUAAUCAAUAGUUUCUCUUUUUUUUUCGUCAUUAUCCUCAUCAUUACAUUGAAAUAGUUUGAGUUUUAAAAAACAAUUUUAUACAAUAAAUCAUACACAUACACAAACACACACAUACUUACACAUACACACACACAUAUAUAUAUAUAUAUACAUACGUAAUCCAUUCGAUUAAAAAGGUGUAAUAUGUGCAUAAAUAAACAAAAAUUACAAUUAAUUAGUAUUUGGUUAUUAAAUUUAAUGAUAGAAAUUGGAUUGUGCAGUACACCACAUGAAGGAUUUGCAUUUACAUUGGAAAAAAUUCCUGAACAUUGUGGUCGUAAUGCAUUUGAUAAUGAAUGGCGUAAAUAUUUUGGUAAACCGAUCAAUAAACGUAUUGUUGGUGGUAGUGCUACAGCAUAUGGUGAAUGGCCAUGGUUAACAUCAUUAAUGUUUUAUCAAACAGCGGAACAAGUUAAAAAACAAAAAGAAUUACAAAUAAAAUCGAAUGAAGAAGAAUUAGAAUUCUUAGAUGAAAUUAAUAAAAAUGAAGAGAUUCUAGAAGAAAUUGAUCCAUUUAUACCACCAUCACUUGUUUAUAAUUAUCCAGAUGGUAGUCGACGGUUUCAUUUAUGCGGUGGUACAUUAAUACAUCCACAAUGGAUAAUGACAGCAGCACAUUGUUUUUUCCCAAAUCCAUUUUAUCCACAUCUAUCAGCGAAUCCAUUAAGUUGGAUUGUACGAAUUGGUGAACAUGAUAUGUUGAAUGAAUCAAUGGAACAUUACGAUAUGUCUGUGGCACAUGUUUAUGUACAUCCACAAUAUCAAUCUGCUUCUAGCAGUGGUUAUGAUAUAGCCUUGGUAAAAUUAACAAAACCAGUAAAAUUAGGUAGAUAUGUGAAUAUUGCUUGUCUACCAUCAGCUGGUGAAGAAAUACAACCAGGUCAAGAAUGUAUAAGUGUCGGUUGGGGACAUGAAAUCGAUGGAGCAAAAAAUAUUUCAACAAUAUUGAAACAUGUUGGUGUACCAAUUGUUCCAAAUGAUCAAUGUACAAUGAAUUAUGCUACAUUACGUAAUGGACCAAAUCCUAUUGAUGUUACUAUAGAAAGUAAUGUCAUUUGUGCAGGACAUGCAGAUGGUGGUAGAGAUGCAUGUCAGGUCUCUUUUUCAGUUGUUUCCAAGUGCCAAUUCUCAGCUCAAUUAUCUUUUAUUGGUUUGCCUCUCUUCAUACAUUGAGGAUUCCAAGUUAAGGCAAGCUUUGUAGUGUAGUUUGAUAAGUUCCAGGAAGAUAAAGUUAUUGUUGAUAUGAUUACUCAGUGCAUUGACCCUCAAUGUUGAUACUUUUCGGCAAUUGUGAUCCUGAUUACGUCAUUCAAUGAGACUGUGUGAGUUAUCAGUGUCUAUAUGAUCAAUCCCUCAAAAAAAGCAUUAAUUCUCUUAGGUCCCCUUCCAAAUAAGAUGACAAUGAAAUAAAACAAUUUUGACGUUCUAUUGAUCUUGUUUCUUAGUCAAAAGUGCAUCAAGUAAUUCUAAAGGUCAGUCUGUUCUCUUGCAAUUAUAUCACUAUAACAUUCGUGAGAAGCAUUGGACAUCAUCGAUGUUAAUUGAUUUAGAGGCAGGCGAAUAAAAACAUUUGAUCGCAAACAUAAAAUAUGAAUUUCGUCGUCCACUAAUAAACAUUAAAUUCAUUUAUGAUCUAAAUGUUGAACUCCUGGGUCAAUUGAAGCUAGAUCACCAUGGAAAACAUGAAAGCACUGGACGGCCAUUCUGUUGUAGUAUGUAACUCGUCAACAGUGUGCCAGCGAGAUCGUGGAUGCUCACUACUGAGGAGUUCCAUACUAGAACGAAACGGACAUUCAGUGCUUCCAGAUUUUUCAUGGUAAUCUAGUUUUAAUUGACUUAUGAAUUCAACUGUUAAAUUACUAAAAUAUACACAAAACCUCUUUCUGAUAAUAAUCAUUUAUCAUUUUCCUUUCCUUUAUCUUAGUUUGAUUCUGGAGGUCCAUUAA